AUGGCGAGGUUACGAAAAUGCACACGAGCCACAGUGCUCUCGAUCCUCUUCGCCUACGCCCACGCCGCCUCCAUCCCGUCAGUCUUCGGGCGACAGGAUUCAUGCGCUGUCGACGGCUUCUCCGCCUGCGGCAACGGCCUCCCCAACAACUUUUGCUGCGGGACAGGCACUAAAUGCAUCACUCUGGCUGGAAACACCACUGUACUGUGCUGUCCGGAGGGAAGCAGUUGUGACAGGAUAUCCCCCAUCACCUGCAACGUCAACCUGCAGGACCCCGCGGCACACCCCGAUGCGCAGAUCAAGACCACGGCGCUCAAGGCCAAGCUCGGCACUUGCGGCGAAAACAAGUGCUGCCCCUUCGGAUACACCUGCAAUAGCUUUCAGCAGUGUGUGAUGGAAUCAGACCAGACCAAGGAGCCUGAGGUCGUGGUCACCUCCACCCCCGGCCCGACGUCCACCGGCACCGCCCCGACCGUCAUCCCCACCACCAUCGCUGCCAGCGCAGCUCCCAGCGGCGAUAACAAGAACGACAACAGUUUCCCAACCGCCAUCGUUAUCGGCGUUCUCUGCGGCGUGCUGGUCGGUGUCGGCCUUGGCGUUGCCCUCCUGCUCUUCCUUGCCCGCCGCCGCCGCCGCCGCAAUGCCCCGCUCCAGACCGAGAAGAAGCGCAGCGGGGCUCCGCGGCCCUCGACGUCGACGUCGUCCUUUGGCAACAUCAUCUCCGAGCCCAUCCCCAUGUCCGACUCUACCGUCCGGACCGACUUCAUCCUCAAGACGCCGUCGACGGUCAACUCCCGCAGCUCCGCCACGUCCCCGACGCCUCGCGGGGCCGGCGGGAACGGGUACGGUUACCACACCCGUCUAUCGUCGACGGCAACGACACUGGCGCACCACCCCAUCGGCCUCGCCCGCAGCGACUCCACCCUGCGGACGCCGCCCAACACCACAACGCCCGAGCGAGGCGUUCCCGUCCCGCCCAUCCGCGGCAUGCGUCCCAACUCCGGGUCGCGGCGGCACCAUCCUUCCAAGGUUCCGAGCCCACUCUUACCGCCGAAGCCGGGGUAUAUCCAGCGCGAGCCGAGCAGUGAGAGCAUCAACGUGUUCGCAGAUCCGCGGACUGUCGGCGGCAACAGGCCCGGGGCGAAGAGGAUGACCACUUUCACGGACAUGAUGGAGGAGGCGGAGCUCGGUGAGGUUAGGAGGGGGAAGCCAUAUGUGCCGCAGACGCCGCAAAUGCCGUCUAACCGAUAG